CUUUCUGAUGUCAGAAGGUCAGUGGUAGCCUAAUGCCACAUCACAGUAACUAGAUCAUUCGCCUCACUUCAUCCCAUCAUGUAGGCAUUUGAUCAUCUCCCUUCAUCACAAGAAGGGUGCCCAUUGGAAUUUAUUUUCAUCCACUUUUUUUAAUGUAAGGAGGGAAAAUGACUGCAGGCUCAGUGUGUGUUCCUCAGAUCAUACCAUUGCGAGUGCCUCCCCCCGGAAAAGCCAACCAUGAAAUUGAUAACAAUACACUUUUGGAAAUGAAAUCUGACACCCCGGAUGUCAACAUAUAUUAUACGCUGGAUGGCAGCAAACCUGAAUUUCUAAAGAGAAUUGGUUAUGGUGAAAAUAAUACAUUUAAGUAUACGAAGCCUAUUACUCUGCCUGAUGGAAAAAUACAAGUUAAAGCUGUUGCAGUCUCUAAGGACUGCAGACAGAGUAGCAUUGUAACAAAGGUGUUUCAGGUGGGCUAUGAGCCACCAAAUACAGUCUCUUCAGAAAACCAUGUUGAAAAUGUUCUCAAAGAUUCUUCCAAACAGGAAUUGAAAAAUGGAUUCGUGGGAUCAAAACUAUGGAAGAAAUAUAAGAAUGCUGAAAAUAAACAGCAUUGGAAUGUUAACCUUAGAAAGUCUGCAGACCUUGAGGUAGGUGAAAGAACUGACUCUAAAACAUGGAAAGAUCUUCGUUUCUCAGAGAGUCCACUGGAAAUCCCACCUUACCAUGAAGAAUCAGGUUCUAGACCACCCACCUGCCAGUCUCAGUUCCCUAGUUUUGCACACAUAACUGGCCAGAAGAGUUUGACAAGCACGGAGAUCAUGAGAAUUCAAAGAGAGACAGACUUUCUCAAGUGUGCCCACUGCCUGGCCCCCCGCCCAUCUGACCCCUUUGCUCGCUUCUGUCAAGAAUGUGGCUCUCCUGUCCCACCCAUAUUUGGCUGUCGUCUCCCACCCCCAGAAGGAGCUCAGAUGGGCUUAUGUGCAGAGUGUGGAAACAUGGUGCCCAUGAACACUCCCAUCUGUGUGGUGUGUGAGGCCUCUCUUAUCCUACAGCUGCAGCCACAGGCCAGCCUCCGCUUGAAGGAGAAAGUAGUCUGCCGCACCUGUGGUACAGGGAAUCCAGCUCACCUGAAAUACUGUGUCACUUGUGAGGGGGCCCUGCCUUCAUUUCAAGAGCCCAUGCGCAGUGGAGAUAAAGCCCCUCCUCUGCCCACUCAGAAAGGGGAGACCAUUUCCUUCUCCAAGUGUGGUCGCAGGAACCGCCGGGAAGCUUGCUUCUGUGACUGGUGUGGAUCCACGCCGGGCAUUUCUGCUUGCUACUCUGUUUGCCCUAAAUGUGGGGCCAGCAAUCACCCAUCUGCCCGAUUCUGUGGUUCCUGUGGUAUUUAUGUGAAGUCCUUGGCCAGACUUAGCCUGGACAACAGCCUGGCUCUAGCUGCUGGAGAACUUGGCCCCUUUGCUGAGCCCCAAUCUGCCUGGCAGUCCCUAAAUGUUCCUUUACCCAGACCUAAUGCUGGGACUCGGAAGGACGUGGGCACACAGACUGCUGGCCUGUUCUACCCAUCUGGCACGCUACUAGCCAAAAAGGAACAGGAAAUGGCUUCUCAGAAGCAGAGGCAGGAGAAGAUGAGUGACCAUAAACCUCUCCUCACAGCUGUCAGCCCAGGAAGAGGAUACUGGAGAAAACAGUUGGAUCAUAUCUCUGCCCACCUCAGGUCUUAUGCUCAGAACAACCCUGAAUUCCGGGCCUUGAUCGCAGAACCCAGAAUGGGAAAGCUUCUCUCCGCUACUGUCCAUGAAGAUGGCUAUGAAGUUAGCAUCCAGCUGAAUUAUAUUCAAGUAUCCAACAAAAACCUUUACCUGAGCAAGGCUGUGGAUUUCAGCAGCCACUUUCUGAGCAGUGUCACCAAGGGUGGUGAUGGGCCACUUGGCAGCAGGUCCAGCUUGGUGAGUGACUACAGCCAAAGCACCUCAGACACCACUGAAAAAGUCAAGAGGACAAAGAAUUUCAAGACCAAAAAGUUUCAAGAAAAGGAGCAACUCACACCUGAAAACAGGCUUCUGCUGAAGGAAGUUGGACCAACAGGGGAAGGGAGAGUCUCUGUGAUUGAACAGCUGCUUGAGGAGGGAGCGGACCCCAACUGCAGGGACAGUGAAGAGCGACCCGCGAUUACCGUGGCUGUUGUGAACACGCGCCACGAAGUGAUUCCGGUUCUCGUGCAGAGAGGAGCAGACACGGAGCAGCGCUGGGGCCCGCUCCAAAAUACAGCUCUUCAUGAAGCAACUCUGCUUGGCCUGGCAGGAAGGGAGUGUGUCGCUGCUUUACUGCGAUGCAAUGCAAGCAUCCAAAAGAAGAACAUGAAUGGCCAGACACCGUAUGACCUGGCUCUGCAAACUGGGGAUGAUGUCGUCACCUCACUCUUUGCUGCUAAGCUCGGCCUAGAUGACUCUUAGACCCAAGGGCCUGCACAGGACCUAGCUGCAAGAAACCAUCCAGUUCUGGCUCUUCUUUGUUUCUUUCUGAGAUGUGUAUUUGUGGUUUGAGAAUUGAGGUUGAGAGGAACUCAUAAGACUUUUUUUUUUUUUUAAUAUGACACUGUAAGCCACCAUGUGGGUAUUUCCCAAUAUGCUGUGGAUGGUGAUGAACUUAACAUGUACUUUUUAAAGGGUUUCUUGCUGCUUAUUUUAGAAUUUUC